AUGGCGAGACGUAUAACCCGAGGAAACUCGAGCACUCCUUCCGAUGAACCACAAGACCCCAAUCAAACCAUUAACGAUCUUUCGAACUUAAUCCGUGAACAAGCCCAAAACCACCAACGCCAAAUCGAACAACUUCUCCAACAUAACCAAGCCCCGCCUCAAAAUAACGCACCCCAAGCCAUAUACGAACGAUUCCUCCGAAUGAACCCGUCCGAAUUCCACGGUGGAACCGAUCCCGCCAUAGCCGAAGAGUGGAUCAAAUCUCUCGAAGUCAUCUACGACUACAUGCAAAUGACCGACCGUGACCGUGUACACUGUGCCAUAUUCCUACUUCGAAACGAAGCUCGUCACUGGUGGGAAGGAAUCAAGGAAGGAACGAACCUCGAAACUUUGCCGUGGACUGAUUUCAAAGUCCAAUUCUUCGAAAAGUAUUUCUCGAAAGAUGUGCGAGCCCACAAACUCAAAGAAUUCCUCGAACUCCGCCAAGGCGACUUACCAAUGAUUGAAUACAUCCGUCGUUUCGAACGUGGCUGCCUCUACGCUCCAUUCAUCGCUCGAGAUGCCGAGGAGAAGAAGAACCAUUUCAUUCGUGGCCUCCAACCCGAGAUCCGCAGAGACAUUCGUAUGUCCGACGCCUCGACUUUCCGACAACUCGUAGACAAAGCCCUCAUGGCUGCCCAGGACGAACAAGACAUUCAAAACAGCCGCCGACCUCAAGGAGUUACUCAACACCCAUGGAAAAAGGGGAACUUUGGCAACCGUCCAAUUCGAGGGAAAGAAAUUCAGCCCGUUCGCCAGCCAACCGGACCACUACCACCGCCACCACCGUCGAAACCAAUAUGUCCGAAAUGUGGGAAAGGACACUUUGGAGUCUGCACCUAUGGAACGGGUAACUGUUUCCGAUGCCAAAAGCCCGGACACAAGGCACGAGAUUGUCCGAAUGCUCCGAACACCGUCCCCGGCCAAGUAUUUGCCAUGACUCAAGAACAAAUUGAGCAGGAUCCCUCUACGACAGCAAUCAAUUAA